UCUCCCCCUCCAUGCACUGAGAACCAGAGUGCAGGAGCAUCCUUGCGCACUUACCAUGGCUAGCGUGAAGGUUUUCGGCUCCCCGACGUCGGCAGAGGUGGCGAGGGUGCUCACCUGCCUCUUCGAGAAGGAGAUCGAGUUCCAGCUCAUUCGCGUCGACACCUACAAGGGCCAGAAGAGGCUCCCCGAGUACCUCAAGCUACAGCCCUUUGGACAAGCUCUAACUUUUGAAGAUGGAAAGACGACCCUCGUCGAUUCCAGAGCCAUAUGCCGACACUUGGCGGAGAAGUAUGUGGAACAAGGUAACAAAGACCUUCUCGGCUCCGGGACGCUCGAGAGGGCAUCGAUCGAGCAAUGGCUGCAGACGGAGGCUCAGAACUUCGACCAGCCCAGCUCCGCGCUCGUCUUCAACCUGGCGUUUCCGCCGCUCCCGGGCCUGGUGCCGGACGAGGAGGUGAUCGAGAGAAGCAAGAAGAGGCUGGCCCAGGUGCUCGACAUCUACGAGCAGCGGCUGGACGAGACCAAGUACCUGGCCGGAGACAAGUUCACGCUCGCCGACCUCUCGCACCUUCCCAACACCGAGCGCCUGGUGUCGAACAAAGAGUGCCGUUCGCUCUUCGAGGCCAGGAAGAACGUGUUCAAGUGGUGCAAAGCGAUUUUGGGCCGGGCCUCGUGGAAGAGGGUGGUGGAGAUGCAGAAGGAGCCGCCACACAUCGUCUAAUAAGCAUUGGUUUUGUCCCAAGUGUGAUAGCUCUUCUUCAGGGAGGGGUGGAUUGCUCGUUUUCUGUGUGUCGUUUGCUUUCCCAGCUGCUCUUUAUUUACCGUCUUUGCUCAGUGCUCCCCGUUGGAGUAUGUGCUGCCAAGUACGAAUAAGGAUUAAGCGUCACUUAUGUGACCUUAACAGUA